GCUAGACCAUUCCUGCCUUGUCUAGCUCGGAAUAUAUUCAUCUACGACGAAACAUGAUGCAUAUCCUGCCACCCUCAACACUCCGAGCUUACGCUCAGCGCCUACUAGUAGGUGCCUUUGUGGGUCCAAAGAGGGCGCAGCGAUACGCCCGACCGACCCGCCGAGAGUUUCUGAUGCUCUGCGAAUGCCUGGGAACCCGAGUGAGACCGCGCUUCCCUCGAUUGACGCCCGGCAUGCACCCACGGCGGAGGAGGGGAAGUUCGCCCAGCGCCACCAUCGCUGCGCCCACACGCGCACACCUCCCGCCCUCGCUCGUCGACCCUGACCGUGGGCGAGGAAGCGCCACCGUUACCUGGUACUGCCCGUGCGUAUAUCCUCCGAUUCGCUCUUUUGCGUGCCGACGAACUCUAUUCCAGAUCCUACGGGGCCCGGUCCGCAACCGCUCUUGUUCUCGUCGCCGGGGACUUCGGACAGCCACAGCUGGAGGACGAAUGAAGGGUCGAGGACGAGUAGUUGAUCAGCGGUAUGACGUGCUUCCCCCUCUUGAUAUCACAUGUUGUGUCGGCGAGCCCGUCGUCGGCACAUGCGGCUCUCGUCGAUCUCCCACGGCAAGCUUGAUAUCGGAUACGGCGCGGGCGAAUGCGCGGCGGUCUUUCAGGCGAUGCUGAGAGCUGGGGACCAACGCUGAAGAGCUCGACAGCACCACUGGGACAUGACGACCGUCGAGAGCCGUCUGGUCGGUGCGCUACUUCAUCAAAC